CGUGUAGAAAAAGCCAUGGACUUGACCUCUAGCCCCCACCAUUUUACCAAAUCCCCUGACUCGGACACGGAUACUGAAACCCCGCUCCAGACCCACCUCACCAAGGCCUUAUCUCUCACAAAAGGCUCGUGCAAGACCCGCCAAAAUCACUAUUUCCCACCACCACCACAGCAACGUAUGGUGGUCUCUUACAGAGAAUGCCUUAAAAACCAUGCUGCAGGUUUUGGUGGCCUAGCCUUGGAUGGCUGUGGGGAGUUCAUGCCUAAGCCAACUACUACUCCUCAAGACCCUACCUCCCUCAAAUGUGCUGCCUGUGGCUGCCACCGCAACUUCCACCGAAGCGAGCCAUUUGGCCCCACCACCACCACCACUCGCAUGCCGCCGCCACCAGCACUUAACUGGACCACAAGCCCAGGUCCAGGGUCGACAAGUUCAGGCCCAAGUCCAAGCCCAGCAUCACCAAUCCCCCGGUCUUUCUACCCUUCUGCACCUCACAUGCUAUUGGCCUUGAGCGCAGGUCAUCCUGAUGAUACCCAACCCCAGAAACAGAGUCACAGUCUGGUAAUGAUAAACCCACAUGGGAAAAAGAGAGGAAGAACCAAGUUUAGUCAAGAACAGAAAGAAAAGAUGUACCUUUUUGCUGAGAAGUUGGGGUGGAGGAUGCCGAGGGGCAUCAAUGAUAGAGAUGUUGGAGAGUUUUGCAUUGAGAUAGGGGUUGAUAGAAAUGUUUUCAAAGUUUGGAUGCACAACAACAGGUCCAGGAAAGAGAAGGUCAGUGAUAGUUAUGGUAUUAAUAGCAGCAACAAGUGUGGUUUUAAUGUUAACGAGGAAGCUGCGGGUAGAGUAAUUGGUACGGACAACAAGGGAUACAGCUUUGAUAACGAUAACAAUGGGAGCAGCCAUGAUAGCUUUGAUAGGUACCAGAUUGAGAGUAAGGUCCAUGUUAAUGGUUCUAUGACUCCUCAUGGGUCUUCUACUUCAUCUUGAUCAUGGGAUGGAUGGAGAGAAAGGCAGAGGCUAGAGGGCAUGAAACCUCUUUGUCUUGUUUUUUCUUUUCUUGUUGCCUUCUUUUGUUCUUUCGUUUUCUAGUUUCUUCAACUAUGUUGAUUACUGAUUAGUGAUAGCUAGUCACUAAUUAAUGGUCAUGGAAAUCAGAAUGGAGGAUGCAUGACAGUUCAAAAGAGAAGUAACUUUCCUUGCAAAAUCA